UCACCAUUACGAACUCUACGUCAGCACGAGAUUGCCGCUAGAGACGACCCUUCAAAACACGUCAUUCAAAUAUUAGAGUAUGGGCACUAACGUCAUGUGAACAAGAGCUUAUUCAGCUGCAGAGGGAGGCGAAGCGGAGGGUGGAUCGAUGGUUGUGGAGAGGAGGUUGUUCGUCGAGAGCGGUGGCGCCCUCUGCCGGCGUGGAGCGCUCCGCCGUCGGUUAGUGUGCGAGGGUGGCGCCCGGCGCCCGGCUGUGCUUCAAAUCAACCUAUUUGGAACUAUUAUACACCUAUUUCCGCAAUAAUCACUCAACACAUGUCGAACAAACUUUCAAGUAGCUAAAAACGCAACUACCAUAUCAAUCAGUCAUCUAAAGUGUUCCUGGCGGACCACAGCUGCCGGUGGCGCCCAGUCGUCCCGAGUACUAUACACCAUGUUACGUGAUAUGCACCGCCGAGACGCACUCUGACUGCGACACGCCCGCGCCCGCAUCACUACGCCUCCGGCCGGCGCAGACGGUAACGGCUUCGUCUUGCCAAGUUUCAAUUUCAUCUGCGCUCUCACUUCGUAGUCGCACGUCUCGUGUUCAACACGCCUCCGUGCGAGACGUCGAGUGAUGUGACCGACCUAUAACUGGCCAACGACAAACAAUUCGAAAAUCAAAUGUGAUUAGCAUUUGACAUGACGCGUGUCUACAUAUAAAUACUGUGAAAGUAAAAAUAAUUGAGUGACAGACAGUGUAGUGAAACCAGUGCAAUAUGACAUCGCGAUCUAAGGAAAAGGUCGCUGCUGCAUUCAGGAAGCUUUUCCGUUCCCCGGAGAAGCUCGAUAACGAUGGUGCCGGUCCCAGUGGCUCACCAGCCAGACGAGGAUUACUGCGUCGACAUAGAGAUGGCGUGAGCCCAGCCGAAGCAGCAGCAAGUUUGCCAUCCAGCCCUGGUGCCACAGCGAUGGUGAAGAAGAAGGCUGCCGGAGCCAACGAGGUUCGCGAACGUGCUGCGGCAGUCCGCACGCGCAGACUCAUGAAAGAGCUCAAAGAAAUACAGCGAUUGCAAGACAGCAGGCCUGAGCCUAUAUUUACGGUGGAAUUAGUAAAUGAUAAUCUAUUCGAGUGGCAUGUGAGACUACACCAGAUAGACCCCGAGAGUGAGCUAGCAGGAGAUCUACGUGAACUGCAUAUAUCACACAUUCUACUGCACCUCAUUUUUCCAGAGAACUUCCCCUUCGCUCCACCUUUUAUGCGGGUCAUUGAACCCAGGAUAGAAAAGGGCUUCGUAAUGGAAGGGGGAGCUAUCUGUAUGGAAUUGCUGACACCUCGCGGCUGGGCGUCAGCAUAUACAGUAGAAGCCGUAGUGAUGCAGUUCGCCGCGUCGGUGGUGAAGGGCCAGGGUCGAGUGGCGCGGGCACCGCCGAGACCUUCGCGCGAGUUCUCCCGCCGACGAGCGGAGGAAGCAUUCCGCUCCCUUGUGAAGACACACGACAAAUAUGGUUGGGUCACACCAUCCCUGUCUGAUGGUUGAAUCGACAAGAUUGCGCUGGUCAACUGUACCUAAUGCAGAAUUGAUCUCUUUUAGUUCUUAUUUUAGCAGUAAUCACCUAGUGCAAAUUUUUACAAAUGCUCUGCUGUGUAAUUAAAUAGUUCAAUUUUUAAUAAGUGGAUUAAAAAUAUUAACAAAUGUAGUUACAUUAUAAUUACCAUGGAUACUAUAAAAUUAUUUAAAAAAAUACUUUUUUAUCACAGAAAUUGUAAAAUAUACAUAAUAGAAGUCUUAAAGUGUCUGUACUUGCUAUUUUCCAUUCGUCAAUUUAAAUAUCCCCUCUAUCUACCAAUGUAAAUCACAAAAAGGUCCUAGUCUGCAAAAUGUGUCAUAAAUGUAAUAAAAUUUAUGAUAUCUACUCCAUUAUUGAUAUUUAAUUUAUAUCAUUAUAUAUUUAUAUAUUACCUACUUACAGUGUUGAUCAUUGUAAUAAUUCGAUCGAUCGAAGUUUAAAUCAGAAUAAUGUACCUAUAUGCCAAAACUAUAAUCUAGCAGAGUAUAUCUAUAUAUUAUUUGUAUAUCACACAAAUUUUAAAUACCUUAUGGUAAAUUCUACUCAUUGUAAAUAUUGUGCCAAACAUUUUAAUGCUCAUUUCUUGUAAAGGUCUUGAACUUUAAUAUCUGUUAUUGAAUAGGAAUUUAUGAUUUUAAUAUUAUUAUAUUAAUAAUAUUGACAUUGAUGCCAAUUCUGACUCCUGUAUCUGUACUGAUAGUUUUCUUUUUUACAUUUUUUACUAUUAUAAAAUAAUUAUCGAUCUUAGGCACUUUAAUUCUUCACGUCAGGUGUUUUAAUGUUUAAAAACCUUUAAUUCUCCAUACUACUUAAUGUAUGUGUAAGUUCAUAUUUUAUAAAAUGCUAAAGUGGAUAUGAUAUCCAAAGACAUAAAAACAAAAAGUGGAAAAGAAGAAUAGGCAACGAUGUCAACAUAAGGUGUUCACCACGUGCGAUCAUAUAACGGUGUCUAGAUUAAAUAUGUGCAUUUAUAUAGAACAUCACUAAAUGCCAUUUAAAUGUUUAAACAAGUCAUAUAAAUUAGAAUUAUAUAGUGUUUACUUCAUAUUUACAAAUGACCUCAGAAAUUUUCACAAGAGAACACUUCUCAAAAAAUGUUUUAAAAGGAAAUGUUUCCGUCCCAAAGUCAUUUAAAUAUUCUUUUAUAAUAUAAGUAAAUUUAGUAGUAUGUAUGUAUUCUGAAUCCACCGAUCAAUAGUCGGUAAACAAAAUUAUUUUUUUAUUCUCAUAUGAGAAAUACGGUUAAUUUGUUUUAACACUACAGAAAAUGAUGGCGUUUAUUUUUACGCUGUAGGUCAUCGCGUUAAAGUGUGACACAGAAUAGAUUUAGUAAUACUUUAGUAGGUAUACCUACCUACU